AUGUUCAGGAUAUUUGGCAGACAUUUUUCGACCAGUCAAAAACUGUAUGACGCGAAAAUAAAACUGCCGAUGCCAGUCUUUGGCAUUGAAGGCCGAUAUGUAGCAGCCUUAUAUAGAGCAGCAUCCGUAAGUAACGAGCUUGAUAAAGUAGAAAAAAGUCUGAGAGACUUUCAAAAAGAAAUCUCCAAACCCAAAAUCAUAGAUUUCAUAGAUACAAGUAUGAUAUCGAGAGCCAAUAAAGCUAAACUGUUAAUAGAAGUUGGAACAGCAGCUUCUAUGCCCAACACAGCAGCCAAUUUCCUCGGAAUAGUAGCUGAAAAUGGACGGUUGAGAAUGUUGAAAAGAAUGAUUCCUAUGUUCCUCGCUGUCAUGGUUGCUCAUAGGAACGAAGCUUUAUGUGAAUUAAUAACUGCUACGCCUCUCGAACAAGGAGCCCGCGAUGAACUCAUGGCAGCUCUUCAAAAGUUUGUUCAAGAAGGGAAGAAAAUCAGACUUACUGAGAAAGUUGAUAAAUCUAUAAUCGGUGGCUUAAUAAUCGGUAUCGAAGACAAACAUAUUGAUAUGAGCAUCGCGAGGAAAGUGAAAAUGUACACUGAUUUACUGAAGCAAGACUUUUAG